ACUUCUAACUUGUUUGUAUAAAUUCUUGAUGAUUUUUGGAAGACAAAACCAUGUGGUAAUGUCUCUUAUCUUGUUAGCUGGCUGCCCUCCCAUCCAAAUUUUUCUUAGCCACUCAAUCCACCUCCCAAUGGAUCUAUAUAUAUAUUUACACAUCUGAGUUAGUAUCCACCACACUCAAGUAAUUGCUUCACACAAACCAUAGUUUCUACACUCACAAAUUGUUUCUAUAGCUUCUUCAAUUAGCACUGCCUCAAUCUACUUUCCAAAAAAACAUUUGAAGAUGGCAAUUGGUAUGGGGCACAUUCUCCGUGCUAAGCAAGGCCUUAGAAGAUCUUCUUCGAGAACAAACAGAGAAAGUGAAGUUCCUAAGGGGCAUUUUGCAGUUUAUGUUGGGGAGACGGAAAAGAAGCGCUUUGUCAUUCCAGUUUCAUACUUGAAGGACCCUUCAUUCCAAGACUUGCUGUGUCAAGCUGAGGAAGAAUUCGGAUUUGAUCAUCCCAUGGGUGGACUCACAAUACCUUGUUUGGAGGAUACCUUCAUUGACAUCAUUUCUAGUUUGAAUAGAUCUUGAGAGACUACAGACAGCUUAGUUUAGUGAGAAAAAGAAAUUUUGCAUAGAUUUUUCAGAGAAAAGUUCUGUUUGUAUAUUAAUAUUCAGAUUGGGAAAUGAAAAUUUCAGUGGUUAUACAGAGGCUUUUUUUUCUGCUA